AUGUUUCACUCCGCCACCUUGCCCCCCGCGAAAAAACGGCCUCGGCCCGAGGGCUCUGGUGCUCAGUGCCACCAGGUGAAGUUUGCCAAGGUGACCUUGUACAUAGUGGAGAGGCGCAUGGGCCGCAGCAGGAGAGGCUUCCUCAGCAGCCUGGCCAGAUCAAAGGGCUUCUGUGUGGAGGACGUCCUCAGCAAUAAGGUGACCCACGUUGUGGCAGAGGGAAACCCAGCCAAGGAGCUGUGGGCCUGGCUGCAUGCCCAGGCUGCCGGCCUGACCACAGACACGGAGGUGCUGGACAUCAGCUGGUUCACGGAAAGCAUGAGGGCGGGCUGGCCUGUGGCCGUGGAGAGCAGGCACCGCAUCCAGGAUACUUCUCAAGUGGGUUUACCAAGCACUUCAGAGUCCACGGUUUCUCAGUAUGCAUGCCAGCGAAGGACAACCCUGGACAAUCCAAACAAGAUCUUCACGGAUGCCUUUGAACUUCUGGCGGAGCACUCUGACUUCUGCGACAGCAAAGGUCCGGCUCUGGCCUUCAAGCGUGCGGCCUCGGUUCUGAAGAGCCUGCCUGCCAUGCUGCGAGGCCUGGGGGACAUGGAGGGACUGCCCUGCCUGGGGGAACAAACACGGGCCGUGAUGAAGGAAAUCUUGGAGUGUGGCAGAUCCUCCAAAGUUGAAGCCAUACUGAGUGACAAGAAAUUCCAAACAAUGAAGAUUUUUACAAGCGUGUGGGGCGUGGGGCCCAAGACAGCAGAGAAGUGGUAUCUGCAAGGCCUUCGCACACUGGAGGAGGUUGUCACCGAGCCACACGUCCAUCUGAACCGAAUGCAGCGAGCAGGUUUCCUUUAUUAUGCUGAUAUCUCCCGAGCAGUCACCAAAGCCGAGGCGCAAGCCGUUGGGCGCAUCGUCGAGGAGGCCGUUCACCAAAUCUCUCCCAACGCCUCUGUUGUUCUGACAGGAGGCUUUCGCAGGGGGAAGGAGGUUGGCCAUGACGUGGACUACAUACUGACCACACCUGAGGUCGGAAGCGAAGAAGGGCUAUUGCUCCGUGUGAUAGACAGGCUCAACUACCAAGGCAUUCUGCUGUACACGGAGUACCAGGAAUCCACCUUUGACGGCAACCGGAUGCCCUGCCGGAGGUUCGAGGCCAUGGACCGUUACCCAAAAUGCUUCUUGAUCAUCCAGCUGAAUGCCGAGGCGGUCCAGGACGGCGCUCUGUCAUGUGACCAGGAUGACCGCAGGGGUUGGAGGGCGGUGCGUCUGGAUCUGGUGGUUCCGCCGGCUGACCGGUUUGCCUACACUCUCCUGGGCUGGAGUGGGUCCACGCAGUUUGAGCGGGACCUGAGACGAUUUGCCCGGCUGGAGAGGGGGAUGCUGCUGGACAACCACGCUCUGUAUGACAAAAGCAAGGAUGCAUUUUUGCCGGCCAAAACCGAGGAGGAUAUCUUUGGCCAUCUGGGGCUGGAGUACAUCGAACCUUGGCAGCGCAACGCAUAGAGCGAUCCCGGAACCAUUCACCGCCAUAGAUGCCCACUGGCACUGCUUGUGUGUGCUUGCGAACGUGCCGAGAUCGCUGCGACCACUCUCUCACCUCCGUGGUGGCAUUCAGCUUUGGCUUCUCAGGUCUGGCAGGCCUUACUGUUUUCCUGCAAACGUGUAAACAGCUGUUUCAUCUGCUCCUCUCCCCAUUAGAGCUGUUGUUAGGCGCAACUGUGAGCACACAUAGACACAGUGAGGAGAUGCAAAGGGAGGGGAGAUUUGAGAGGGAGAUAAGAAAGAAGGGGAAAAGGGACACAAAAUGAGAAAAGGAGCAGAGAGAAAAAAGACUACAUGAUUGUGAAAUUAGACAAAAUAUGUGUGUGUGUGUGUGUGUGUGUGUGAGAGAGAGAGAGAGAGAGAGAGAGAGAGAAAGAUAGAGAGACAGACAGACAGACAGAGAAGGGAGAGAAAGUGGUGUGAAUGUAUGUGUGUGUGUGUUUGUAUGUGCAUGCAUAUAUCCAUAACCCAGAGCGAGGGGGGAGUGAAAUGGGGAGAGUGGCGCAGUAGAUUGUGACCCUGAGCUCCUCAUUGCAUUUGGGGCGGGCUGUGGGCUGAGCGCCGUCAGAGGCAGAAGCUCUGUCAGGAGUCGGAGCGGCAACCUGAUUACCUGUGAUUACACACUCACUGCAGCGCGGCUCCGCCACGCCGACGCACACGCAAAAAGGGCCCUCAUUACGGCAGACAGGAGCUGUCCCUCCUCAGCCACCGUACCCCCACCCGCCCACUUGCUUGCUUAGAGGCACCAGGCACCUCAAAUUACAUGUUUAGCACGAGCACAGGCGGAUGCCGAAUGUGGCUAACCAAGUGCUGACACAAUGAGCUGUGUUAAUGCAGUUAGAUACCAUGAAGACCGCAAUAUAUUAUUACCGCUGAUGAAUAGGGUGUCUGGAUGAGACUUGAUGCAACAUAAUUCCCAAGAGUAAGGUGGGCUUUACCACAAAGAUCAGUCAUCUGUGCGUACGUACAUAAAGUGAGAACAGACCUGUGUUUUUUUUUAAGGAAUGUGAAUUAAUAUUAGUAUAAAAUUUCCAUAUACAUUUUUCUGUAGAAUUGUCAUAUCAUGACAAGGGGAUGGCAGGGCUGGUGGAAGGGCAAUCGUUUUAUCUGCAAAACUCCACAAUCAGCAUACUGAUGGUCUAUUGUUGAAACAUGCAAUUAUAUUCUCUUCUCUGCCUCCCAUACAAAUGAUGUGACUGCUUGGAAACAGACUCUCAAGGACGGUAAAUGCUGCUGUCUGCAGCAUAUGUUAGGAGAAGCUUGAUAACAUGGCCAGACAGCUUUUGAGCUGAUGAAUGUAACAGAAAAUUAUUACACCGAAAAUAUUAUUAGCAUGUUUCCAGACGGCGUCUGUCCUUGCCCGAUUGGCCUGAAUAGAAACAGGAGAGAAAAAAAAAAGAAUGUUGAAAAUGGGUUGAAAAUGUAAAGGCGACAUUUUUCAAGGCCUGUCUACUAUACGUAGAUGUCUGUAUAUAUCGCUGUGUAAGGAUAAAUUCCUGUUGUACGGACGAAAACGAGAUUUUGCUCAAGAUCUGUGUCCUUGUCAGCAGAGCCUAUAUUUGCAGGCUCAUGGAGCCCAAAGGGGCCUCUACUGGCUCAGCCCCCAGCUUGACCGCGGUGUCUCCUGGAAGAGCCGAGUGGCCCGGCGUUCACUGCCGAGCUGCCCUAGUUAAAGAGCCCUAACUAGAGCAUAGCAGGCAGUUUCAGGACUCGACCCCAGGGCCUCUCUUUCACUCUCUCCCUCACCCUCUCAAGGCUACAACUGUGUGUGUGAAACAAAAGGAAAAAAGGCUAGAUCAAGGGACAGAGGGGAAGAAAGGAGAGAGAAAAUCAUUCCACUGGUCCUGAAGCCUCUAUGAACUGGGUUGAAGUGAUUAGCCAGAGCCGAGGGAAGAGUCCAGGUAUAGCAUUAUCCAUAGAUGGAUUAUUCUGGGGUUAUUAUGUCAAGGAAUUCAUGUGGAAAGACUGCUGAAACAUUGUGUCAUUAGGGUUGAAAUGAAAUUAUAUCUGUGAAACAGUCCAUUGAUUACAUACAACCAAAAUGUUUUGUUACCAACAUGCAGACAUUAUAUUAAUCUCAGUUGAGUUUAACAGUAUGCAUCUCCUUUUUUCUAGUUUACAUUUUUGACAUAACUCACCUCUCAAGUGUCUUAUUUGUUUCAAGCUAAUGUACACAUUCAGCUGUAUUGCUCUGCUUGC